GCGCGCGCGCGCGCACACACGCACACACACGUCGAGAUCUUCCGCAUUGAAGAUCUGUUAAACGGUGAACUUUAGGACACCGCUCCAAGGAAUGUAAUCCGGGCCGGUGUGUGGAAAAAACAAACUCAGAACCGAAAGAGAAAGUAGAAGUGGCUCAGUCAUGUAAUAAUCCACCCUUUUAAAUUCUGAACAGUCUCCGAGACGAGCCCAAAGGAGUUGUUCACACUUCCUGAUCGUCUCGAAAACUGCACGGCUUGUGAGCGACAGCAUUUGACAGUAGACAGAACAGACAGGAUGGAAACAACGAGAUCCUCAAACACUCAUAAAGUGGAUAAGAAAAGAUCCAUUAACAGAGUGAGGAGGAGUCCCACACGAUUCACUCGGCCAUUUUCUCGAGGGAGAUACCAGUGUGCUCGCUACUAUUACAGGCCCAGAGAGGACUACUUCUCCCGGCGACCCAGUUUUGGCCACAGGUUCCAGAGAGGCUCCAAUCUCCGGCUUCCGUCUAGAUCUCGGAGCCCGAGUACGGUGGUGAGACGCAAAAAUGUGCAUUCGUCAAGCCAGCCCUUGGAAAAGAGGUCAGAGAAGAGCACUUCCACUCCAGUGCAGGACAAAAAGGCAUUCAGCACACCAGAACGCUCCCGGUCAUCUUCAGUGGCUUCUGAGAGGCCUGCCCUAUCAUUUACAGUCAAUCAGGAAGAGCAGAUCAGUAGUGGCAGGGAGUCUCUGUCCUCUAUAACACGUGCAGCUGCCAGAAGUCGAGCCAUCCAGAGAAAGAGAGAGGAGAUAGAGGAGGUGUAUCGGCAGGACUGCGACACAUUUGGUGUGGUGGUAAAAAUGCUUGUGGCGAAAGAUCCAUCACUGGAGAGACCCAUCCAAUCUUCGCUGAGGGAGAACCUGCGUGAGAUCGGCCUGCGCUGUGUAGAAGCCAUGGAGCAGUUUAUCCAUGAGUAUGACUCCAGAGAGCUUGGCACACCAUCCCAGUCCCAGCAUCACUGACACACAGACACAGACACACACACACACACACACACAUACACACACUGACCUGAAGGUUGUGAAUCUCUUGCUGUAAAUUUUGGGGCAAUACUGCAACUUCAGGCAGUAACCACUGAAGAAAAACGAUCAACUACAUCCAUAAUAUAAUUUUUCGGUGGGAAUGCAUUCAUGAGUGAAGGUCUGAGAAUUUAGGUACAACACAGAAUGAUGACUUUGUAAAGCAGUGACAUUGGAAUAGUGCAUUCUUCACAUCAACAUCAACAUGAGAACAUGAGGAGAAAAUCUGUAACCACACAUGUGGUAGUGUAAAGAUCAUAGGUGCUAAAUGUGGUAAAUACUGCAGCAGCAUUUUCACUGUUCACUCCAAAGCUGGUGUUAGAAUGCCAUAGCUUUAAGGACAAAUCUGUAUUAAAGAAGAUCUGCUUGCCAAACAAAUCAGCCUCCAUCCUAAGGUGGUCUAAAUGCCAAAACUGCUCUGAUUUGACUACUAUUUUUAAAAUGUUGUUCACUAAAUAUUAAAAUAUGUGUCAUGAGGCAGUUGGUGAAAUGCCUCAGUAAACAAUUUCUGCAAGGUUUUAUUAGAAAUGUUCAGGACCAGUUCAGUUGGUUUUAUUAACAGGCAAUUAUGUCAAAUUAAAGAGAGCUUCCAGAUAAAGAUGGGGGUUAUGGCCAGCUGUAUGUGCUUUUCUGAUUUUUGUUUUCUCAGUUAUUGUUAAAGAAUUAAAAAAAUCUGUUAAUGAGGUUUUAUACAGAACUGAAUACACUGGGUUGUAUGUAUAUUUUCUGUUACAGUGAAAAUAGUUUAUUUCUCCCAAAGAAUUGAUUACCUCUUAAUUAUUUACAUUGGACCUCGAUGAUAUGAAGUUCUCCUGUAAAAGAAGUCUUGUUGUGAAAGGUAGAUGUUUUUAGGGCUCCACAUGAAAUGUGUGUGACCUAUAGUAAUUACUCUGUCUAUUUUGCUGUCUCUCUGUCGGUCUGUCUGACAAGAAAUGGUAUUCUUUUUACAACAGGAUAUAGGCUUUGGUGACUUGAAUAUACUCACUUGCUUUAUUCUAAACAGUCAAGUGGCAAUAUCAUAUACAUAUUGAAAAUAAAUGGAGAAUACUUGAAAUGUGUGCAAAAUAGGGAAGAGAAGUUUACUGUAAAGAAAAAAGUAGAUGAAGUUUCAGUUAAUACUGCCAUUUCACUACAUUUCCAGUUAACCCUUUCACCUAUCAAUGUUCUCAUUUCUUUCUAAAUAAAUGUUAAAAAGCUUGUAUGCAUAUAAUGCAGUUCUUACGCUUUGUGGCUGACCACUAGGAUUUUACCAUGAAGACAAACUCUUGUGAACAUGUUAUAUUUCCACAGUUUGCAAUGAUUUGAUUUAAAAGAAACAUUUCGCAGAACUCACUGAGGUCAUUUCUUGCAAAUUUUUAUAUUGUGAAGACUAUAUCAGUGUAAAAUAUAAUAUAAUUAAUGAUGAUCAUAAGGUUUUCUCGAGGGACACUUGGAAUAUAUAUGGGCCUUAAUGUAGCAGGAAUAUCAAGAAAAUCAUUGGUUAACAAAGUCAAAUUAGUCCAAAUUUGCAUUGAAAUAAUUCAUAUGGCGCUGGGCCAUUUAUGUGACAGAGGUCAUCAAGCUAAUGCUAACCCUUGCCACAUGUUUUGGGACAGCCCUGCCAUCACGGUUUUUUGGUAGUCAAUAUUUGAAUGCUUUUAAAGCAUUUUUAACAAAAUCCUUAAGCCAUGCCCUCUGCCUCACAAUCCACCGUAAUAGUGUAACCCUCUUAGCCAGGCAUCUUAGUUUACGCCAGUGGAAACAUGCUACUCUUCCAUCUUGAUUAUGAUGAUUAUUGGCUUUUGUUGCCCAUUUUCUCUAUUUGGAGACACACAAAGUUUCUCAAGUCUUUUUUCAGACUUGAGAACCUUUCAUCACUUAAUUUUUUUCCAAGAUCACUGCCCUUGACAUAAUCUUUUUUCCCUUUGGGUUUACCUGAUGGCGUUUAUUUUAUUCUAUUCUAUUCUAUUCUAUUCCCCUCCCCUCUCUUCCCUUGGUGGGAAAGGUGGAUUGAGGGUGGGCAAGGGUAGGUUUUAUGGGUGGGUUGAAAGUGGGCAGGGGCUUGAUGGCAUGUUAAAUGUGUACAUAUAUUUCAUUGCUGCAGU